AUGGCCUUUGCUGGUCCUAUGUUUAGGAGCCUGGCUCCCCGCGUUUCAAAGGAGUUCUUUACCUGCCGUCAAUGCCUGAGGAAAAACUCCCAAUUCGGCGUAUCGUCGCAAAGAUGGAUGAGCGUGCUCCCCAUCCGCACCACCCUAGGCCCUAAGGUGACUUCUUUAACAUCGUCUGUACGAAUGCAAAGCUCCUCGAUACCGAGAUUUGCGUCCUUCACUUCCGCUGCAAAGCCUGCUGGCAACGGGUCCUCGGCCGGCAAAUCCAAAUAUCCCGACGUUAGCGAUAAAGUCGUGGCGUACUGGUUAUUGGGGAGCGCUGCAUCUGUUUUUGGCCUCGUUGUGUUUGGAGGGUUGACCAGACUGACUGAAUCUGGACUGAGUAUCACAGAAUGGAGACCCGUGACGGGAUCGCUACCGCCUUUCAGCGCCGAGGACUGGGAGUCUGAAUUCUCCAAAUACAAAUCCUCACCAGAAUAUAAGAUCUUGAACCCCAAUAUGUCCCUAUCCGAAUUUAAAUUCAUAUACUACAUGGAAUGGAUACAUAGACAAUGGGGUCGUUUCGUGGGCCUCUCCUUCAUCCUGCCAGCUGCCUUCUUCGCCGCAACAAAAAAAGUUUCUAAACCAAUGUCCUUGCGGCUACUGGGUAUUGGCGGUCUGAUCGGAUUCCAAGGCUUCAUUGGCUGGUGGAUGGUGAAGUCAGGACUCAAGGACGACCUUUUCGCUCCUGGCAGCCAUCCCAGAGUGAGCCAGUAUAGAUUAACGACCCACCUAGGCACAGCUUUCCUUUGCUACACGGCGAUGCUCUGGAACGGCCUCGCGAUCCUCCGCUCCAACCGCCUUCUCAAAGAUCCUGUCAAGGGCAUGGAAAUCCUCAACGCCCUCCGACACCCCAAGCUCAGCAUAUUCCGCAAGUCCGUAGCGGGCCUCGCCCUCCUCGCCUUCACCACUGUCAUAUCUGGCGGGCUCGUCGCAGGCCUGGACGCAGGCCUCAUCUACAAUGAAUUCCCCUUCAUGGGCGAAGGCUUCGUACCUCCCACCUCCGAACUGUUUUCUGCCCACUACUCGCGCCUAGCUGAUAAGUCGGACCUGUGGUGGCGGAACAUGCUUGAGAACCCGUCCCUGGUUCAGCUGAACCAUCGCAUCCUGGCCUUGACCACUUUCUCCUCCGUCAUGAGUCUGUGGGCCUACACUCACUUCUCGCCGGCUGUCAAGCAAUUGCUGCCCAAAGCCGCGAAGAAAGGGAUGCACGGCGUUGUCGGCUUCACGUUCCUGCAAGUUUCGCUAGGCAUCACAACGCUCAUGUACCUGGUACCCACUCAUCUUGCAUCGGCACAUCAGGCUGGUAGUUUGUUCCUCUUGACGUGGGUUCUUGUGCUCGGGAGCAGAAUCUGGAAUCCAUCGCGCACGGCGCGGUUACUACAGAUGGCGGCGAAGAUGAGUAAGGGACCCGUGCCCAAGCCUGUUGCUAGUAAAUAG